CGCAUGCGCCCCUCAUUGGCUUCAUCGCACUGUCUGGAGUAAGUUGAAUGUGCGCUGUCCUUCGCUAGAUCCAAAAUCCUACCAAAACACUUGCAAUGGAGAGGAUCAGGAAAACCCGAUCGCUUUUCGUUAUUGGACCUUUAAUUAUGACCAUGGUUUGCGCGCAAAGAGAGAGAGACCCUAGCAAUAUGCCCGUGGUGAAGGAUACGGUGGACAGACUGAUGAAAGGAUACGACAUUCGGUUGAGGCCAGAUUUUGGAGGUGCACCGGUGGCGGUUGGGAUGAACAUAGACAUAGCCAGUAUAGACAUGGUAUCGGAGGUAAACAUGGAUUACACGUUGACGAUGUACUUCCAGCAAGCCUGGCGAGACAAGCGGUUGUCCUACUCGGAGAUUCCCCUCAACCUCACGCUGGAUAACCGGGUGGCGGACCAACUCUGGGUCCCGGAUACGUACUUCCUGAACGACAAGAAGUCCUUUGUGCACGGAGUCACCGUCAAGAACCGAAUGAUCCGUUUACACCCUGACGGAACCGUACUUUACGGACUGAGGAUCACCACUACGGCAGCCUGCAUGAUGGACCUGAGGCGUUAUCCUCUGGACGAACAGAACUGCACCCUGGAGAUCGAGAGUUAUGGCUACACCACGGAUGACAUUGAGUUCUACUGGAGAGGCGGCGACAGUGCCGUGUCCGGAGUCGAACGCAUCGAGCUACCCCAGUUCUCCAUCGUCGACUACAAGCUCAUCUCCAAGAAUGUGGUCUUCUCCACAGGCUCCUACCCUCGGCUGUCUCUGAGCUUCAAGCUGAAGAGGAACAUCGGAUACUUCAUCCUGCAGACCUACAUGCCCUCCAUCCUCAUCACCAUCCUCUCAUGGGUCUCCUUCUGGAUCAACUAUGAUGCCUCGGCCGCCCGAGUGGCUUUAGGUAUCACCACGGUGCUGACCAUGACAACCAUCAACACCCACUUGAGGGAGACCCUUCCCAAGAUCCCCUACGUGAAGGCCAUCGACAUGUACCUGAUGGGCUGCUUCGUCUUCGUCUUCCUCGCCCUGCUGGAGUACGCCUUCGUCAACUACAUCUUCUUCGGCCGAGGGCCCCAGAGGCAGAAGAAGGCGGCCGAGAAGGCGGCCCUGGCCAACAACGAGAAGAUCAGGGUCGACCCCAACAAGUGGUUGAUGGGCAAUGUAGGUCAGAGAGACGAUGCUCUGUAUGCCCGAAUGAAACAGAGGGAAAUUGACGCAUAUGACUCGAUGUGGGAUCCGAUCUUUGCAGAGGACGCGGCGUUAGGACUAGGCGAACAGAGAAAUAAGAUGAAUCCGGAUGACAACAUCCUGCUCGGCACGCUGGAGCUGAAGAACGAGAUGGUGACCUCCGACCUGUCCCGUGCCCUGGGUGUGGGCGGCGGCAACAUAGGGGUCGGCAACAUCGGCGGGGUCGGCACCGGGGUCGGGGUCGGGAUGGGCAACAUCGGCGGCAUGGACCCGCGCAGCACCGUGCUGGCCUACGACAGCUCCACCCUGCAGUACCGCCGCGCCGCCAUGGCCCGGCAGCAGAACUACGGCGGGCACAGCGCCCUGGAGCGCCACGCCACCAAGAAGAGCCGCCUGCGCCGGCGGGCCUCGCAGCUCAAGGUCAACAUCCCCGACCUGUCCGACGUCAACUCCAUCGACAAGUGGUCCCGGAUGAUCUUCCCCACCGUCUUCUCCUUCUUCAACGUGGUCUACUGGCUCUACUACGUCCACUAAGGCCAGGAGACUACGUAGUUAGGCGUCCAGAGGAGACGCCAAGAGGAUGCUGCAGCCUAUUGGAGGAGGUGAAGGAGGAGGAGGACCA